AUGUCAGACCCGGCGGCGGCGCAGGGCCUCCAACCCCGGCUUCUCCAAGCCCAGGCGACUGGGUCAGCUGGGUCCAGUACCGCCGCCACAGGCUCCGGGUCAGGGAGCAGUGAUCCGGCCAGACCGGGACUGAGCCAGCAGCAGCGUGCGAGCCAGAAGAAAGCCCAAGUUAGAGCUUUUCCACGGGCGAAAAAGCUCGAGAAACUUGGCGUAUUCUCCGCAUGCAAGGCUAGUGAUACAUGCAAGUGCAAUGGAUGGAAAAACCCAAAUCCACCGACAGCCACUCGUAUGGACCUGCAGCCGCAAGCAGCCAGCCUGAGCGAGCCUUGCCGCAGCUGUGGACAUGCUCUGGCUGAUCAUGUGUCCCACCUGGAGAAUGUCUCAGAGGAUGAGAUUAACAGGCUGUUGGGAAUGGUGGUGGAUGUUGAGAACCUCUUUAUGUCUGUGCACAAAGAGGAAGACACUGAUACCAAACAGGUCUACUUCUACCUAUUCAAGCUACUGAGGAAAUGCAUCCUGCAGAUGAGCCAGCCAGUUGUAGAGGGAUCUCUCGGAAGUCCACCCUUUGAAAAGCCCAACAUCGAGCAGGGGGUUUUGAAUUUUGUUCAGUACAAGUUCAGCCACCUGGCACCAAAGGAGAGACAGACCAUGUUUGAGCUGUCAAAAAUGUUCCUCUUGUGCCUAAAUUACUGGAAACUGGAGACGCCAACGCAGUAUCGCCAGCGCACCCAGAAAGAUGACGGGACAGCGUACAAAGUGGACUACACCAGGUGGCUGUGCUACUGCCAUGUCCCUCAGAGUAAUGACAGCCUACCGCGUUAUGAAACCACUCAGGUGUUUGGUCGUAGCUUGCUAAAGUCCAUCUUCACUGUGACGCGACGCCAGCUCCUGGAGAAAUUCAGAGUGGAGAAGGAUAAACUGUUGCCAGAAAAACGCACGCUCAUCCUUACACACUUCCCCAAGUUUUUGUCCAUGUUGGAGGAGGAAAUCUAUGGAGAGAAUUCACCCAUUUGGGAGGCGGACUUCACCAUGCCUGCCUCUGACGGCACACAACUGGGACAUCAGACAGUGAUCAGUCCUGCUGCAGUGUCCGGCUCCCCCGCUCUGGCCAAGGGUCUGAGCAGUGGCUCCUCUCUGGGCAGUUUGGACACUGGAGGUGCAGAGCCCAUCCCAGGAGAGAAACGUAAACUUCCAGAGGCGCUGACAUUGGAAGAUGCCAAGCGGAUCCGUGUGAUGGGAGACAUUCCUAUGGAGCUGGUCAAUGAAGUCAUGAUGACAAUCACUGACCCUGCUGCCAUGCUCGGACCAGAGACUAAUCUGCUGACUCCAAACGCUGCUCGUGAUGAGACUGCCAGGCUGGAGGAGAGGCGAGGCAUCAUAGAGUUUCACGUCAUCGGAAACUCUCUUUCCCAAAAGUCCAAUAAAAAGAUCUUGAUGUGGCUGGUUGGCUUGCAGAAUGUCUUCUCUCAUCAAUUACCUCGCAUGCCCAAAGAGUACAUCACACGGCUGGUGUUUGACCCGAAGCACAAGACCCUAGCCCUUAUCAAGGACGGCCGGGUCAUCGGAGGCAUCUGUUUUAGGAUGUUUCCCACUCAGGGCUUCACGGAGAUUGUCUUCUGUGCCGUCACAUCCAAUGAGCAAGUUAAGGGCUAUGGUACCCACCUGAUGAACCACCUGAAGGAGUACCACAUCAAACACAACAUCCUCUAUUUCCUCACUUACGCUGACGAGUACGCCAUCGGCUACUUCAAGAAGCAGGGCUUUUCCAAAGACAUCAAAGUGCCGAAGAGUCGUUACCUCGGAUAUAUCAAAGACUACGAAGGAGCGACUCUCAUGGAGUGCGAGCUGAACCCCAGAAUCCCCUACACUGAGCUGUCUCAUAUCAUUAAAAGGCAGAAAGAGAUCAUAAAGAAGCUGAUUGAGAGGAAACAGAGCCAGAUCAGAAAGGUUUACCCAGGUCUCACUUGCUUCAAAGAAGGUGUGCGACAGAUCCCUGUGGAGAGUAUUCCAGGCAUAAGAGAGACAGGCUGGAAACCUAGUAACAAGGAAAAAGGAAAAGAGGUGAAGGACCCUGAUGUGUUAUACAACAUGCUGAAGAACCUCCUGGCUCAGAUAAAGACCCACCCUGAUGCCUGGCCAUUCAUGGAACCAGUGAAGAAAUCAGAAGCUCCAGAUUACUACGAGAUCAUCCGCUUUCCCAUCGACCUGAAGACCAUGACAGAGAGACUGAAGAACAGAUACUAUGUGACCAAGAAGCUUUUUAUUGCUGACCUGCAGCGUAUCAUCACCAACUGUCGCGAGUACAACCCUCCAGACAGCGAGUAUUGCAAGUGUGCCAACACCUUGGAGAAGUUCUUCUACUUCAAAUUAAAAGAUGGAGGCCUGAUUGAAAAAUGAACUCGGCCA